UGUUAGACAAUAUUGUUUACUUGAUGCAAGUGAUACCUACUAUUGAAUUCUGUCAUCAAAUUGGUAUACAAAUGGCUACUGUAGAAGAACCACAAGGUGUUGAACUGUCCAAAUUGAAUUUUAAGCAGUUGAUUCAGCUCAAGAUACAAGUCGACAAAGAACUUAACCUCCUCCAAGACUCCAUGUGCAGUUUGAAAAUUGCAAUGAACAAGUUUUUAGAUUCAAAAGAGUCCUUGGAGAAAAUCACAGUGGAGUGGAAUAGCAAAGAGAUUAUGCUUCCUUUGAGCGUAUCAGUUUACAUUCCUGCAAGGAUUGCUGAGGCUGGGACUGUGCUCCUCGAUAUUGGGACCGGUUACUUCAUUCAAAAAGACCUUGAAGGGGCCAGAGACUACUUUGAAAGGAAAAUUAUUUUCAUCAAUGAUCAGAUAGACAAGAUACAAGCCGUUGGAUUAGAGAAGAGUAACAUCAGAGAAGUUCUUGUAGAUGUGAUUGAGACAAAGCUAGGACAAAUGGCUGUCAGUUUCCCAAAAGGAGAGUUACAAUCCCCCAAUACUUAAAUUGGUAAAUGUAUAAUUUUCUAAUGUAUUUUCUUACAGAUUCACUUCAAUCCAUUUUAUUAUUAUUGAAAUGAAUCUUCAUCUUGGAUCUUUGUAAACUAUGUUUAGAAAGUAAAAUUAAACUGAUUUAAUAAUUACAACUA